AAAAGAUCUACUGCAUCAAGUGGGACGAAAUUAAACCCCCUACUCCAGAAGAGGAAAAACACGAGGUUGACGAUCGCACCAUUCAGGUAAUUGACAUCCCCCUUGAUGUCAGUGCAACUUUGGUUCGUUCUACCUUUGCCCGUUAUGGAAACAUCACAAAAUUAACUAUGAGAACAAGGAAUCUAUAUCAACAUGCAUUCAUUACCUAUGAGUCACGUGAAAACAUCCAACAUUUUAAAGGAAAUGUGUGGGUUAACUUUAUAAUUAAAGAUUGUGUUCGUGUACUACCACUUACACUUACUACAGAACAACGCGAAACAAGACAAAAAUAUU